UCCCGUUCCCGUCUACUAUAAUAACACGUCUAUGCUUUGACUUCAACCACAUGGACUCGUAGGAUACAUGUGGGAUAUUGUUAACCGGAUUAUUUUUGCAAUACAGUUUAAAAGAUGUAAACGGACAUAUGUCUUCAAGUAAUCAAGAAAUACGAAUUUUAAAUAAGGAAGAAUUUUAAAUAUAUCCUUGAAGAUGUCAGUUGUAUCAUCAAGAGUUAGUAGUGUCUCAUCGAUAUUAAAGGCUCCAGGAGUCAGGUCGCAAUUAAUUAGACAAUCUAACAGGGUUUACUUUAAGCUUCCAAAUAAUUUAAAGAAUAUUAUUUACAAUUUUGAGAAUGGCAGUGGAAUUAAGGAUUAUGAAGAAUUAAUAUGUAUCUUGCGAGAUUCUAAUAUAAAGGAUUCAGAUCUUAUAGAAUUUUUAACAAAUGUUAGACAUUGUAUAUCAUUACUCAGUCCAGUUCAUAAAUUACUUGUUGAAACACUUCUACAGAUGAAAUGGACUAAUCGUUCUUCAGAAGUUGCAUCUGCUUAUAAAACAUUUAUAGAGGAUUUAAUUUGUAUGCAAAUUCAUUUUGCUAAAAAUGUGAUAGAUAAUUUAGUUGAACAUUUUAAGCCAGAAGACGAUGAUGAUACAAAGUGGGAAGAUGGAAAGUGUAUUGAUGUUCAAAGAUUAAGUCACAUACAUGAUGUUCUACGCAAAAUCUUAAUAGUUGUGCCCAUGUCAAGUAAACUUCUAUUACAGUCACUUAGAGGAAGGUUUCCAUAUAUUGUUCACGGAACCCAUACGCAUGAAGUGUAUAUUUAUGCAUUACUUCAAAUAUUGGAAUAUGCACCUCAAUUAAGAUCUGACAUUUUGUCUCUAAUUAUUAAUAGGCUCAUGGUAUUAGAUGUAAAUAUACCACGAUUAGAGACAGAUAAUGAAGAUGAAGACUUAAUGGAUGAUAGUAGUGAAUGCGACAGUACAACUGGUAAUGAGAACAAUGUUGUUGCAGACAGUGAUAUAACAGAAACAGAUAAAAUACAUCCAAUAGCUCAUAAAUUGGAUGUAUGCAUGGAACAGAUUCUGAAAUACAUGCAUGACUUCUGUUUUAUUGAAGGAGUUUUGCAAAUAGAACCUUUAAAAAGUCUUUACUUUGAUUUAUUGCAAAUAUUUGAGACAGUAAUAUUACCAACCCAUGCAAGUCAAUAUGUGCAGUAUAUUAUAUUCUAUAUCUGUAGUUUUAAAACAGCUGUUGCAGAGGCUUUUAUAGAUUGGUUAUGGCGUAAAGUUACAAAUCCUAAUAUACCUUCUAUAAUACGGCGAUCAUCUGUAGCAUAUAUUGCAAGUUUUCUAGUUACAGCUAAUUUUAUUACAACUAGCAUUGUGAAAGUGGUGCAGUUUAAAUUGUGUAAAUGGAUACAUGAUUAUAUCAACAUGCAAGACCACUCAAGCUAUGUAAGUAAUGAGAAGAAAGAUCAUACAGUAUUCUAUUCAGUAUGUCAAGCGUUAUUUCUCAUAAUUAGUAAAAGGCAUAAUGACUAUCCUGAUUCAAAAAAAUAUAUGCUAUAUUUACAAGAGUUGGACUUAGCAAAAAUUAUUACUUCUAAGUUGAAUCCAUUGAAAGCUUGUCAUCCUGAAAUUCUACACAGUUUUGCAGAAAUUACGCGAAUGUACCAAUUGGCAUAUUGUUAUACCAUAAUUGAGAACAAUACACGAAGUCAACUUCCAAUUUUUAAUAGCAAUAAGACCGCAUUAACUACAAUCGAAAAUUUUUUUCCGUUUAGUUCGUAUACUUUACAGCAAAGUAGUAAAAAAUUAGUUUCUUUGGUUCGUGACAAUGUUACUAAUAGUAACGAAUACAGGACAUCUAUAGAAUAUAAAGAAGACAUUGAUUACAUGACUGAAUAAUAGACUUAAGUUUUAAAAUUCGAUGUAUAGUAUAUUUUGAUGUAUUUUCAGUCUAUUUGUAAUUGCCUUUUGAAUAAAUUAAAUAUACAUGAA